AUUAACAACAACCAUUCACCAACACCACCUUAAUUUUUAAUCCAGAAGCGCUUUCGGCGCAAAUCGCUGGGAAGUGGCGUUUGGACAAAACCAAAGAUGCAACAUCUGGUCUCCCUCAUUCAAGUACUGUUGUCACUGGGGAACUACCCCUUCCCAUUCCCAUUCCCAGUAACCUCUUGGUAAAAUAAUACACUAGCCACAGCUGUAAGAAAACACAAAAAUAGCCUUAUAAAUAUCUACACUAUGUACGUGUAUUGAAAUUGAAAUAUGUGCGUCCCCCUAUAGUCCUAACUCCUGAGACUCACCUAGAAUUUGUGGCGAGGUUUUGAGUUUAAUUUGGUGUCCCAUUAUUUUACAAUAAUUGGUUUACGAGGAAAGCACUUGAUGAGUCUCUUGUCUCGAUAUUAUAACCCGUCAUGAUUUGAAUGAAGGAGUGGUCUCUCCCAAGUCCCAAGUGGCAGGGGCAGGUAGAAGAGAGAGUUGAAAGCAGUGGAAGGUUUGUUUGGGAUGAUGGCUGAGAAGCACUUACACGAGCUACUAAAGGAGGAGCAAGAGCCGUUCGUUCUGAACAAGUACAUUUCCGAAAGGAGAAGCGAGAUGAAAAGGGCUUCCCCAAAGACAAGUUUGCAAGUGAAGAAACGCAAGUCAAGCGCCAACCUCUGCAGAAGCGCUUGUCUUUUUUCCUUCACAGACACCCCAGACCUCAGAAAAUCUCCGCUAUUCGAAUUUGCUUCCCCGGCCAAAAGCCCCUGCAAAUUUAUCAUCCCUUCUAGAACCGCCGCUUUGCUUCUAGAAGCCGCCAUGAGGAUCCACAAGCACUCUUCCCGCCCCAAACCCAAGUCCCACUCCUUGGGCCUCUUCGGCUCCCUUUACAAGAGACUCACGCAACGCACCCAUCCCCGGAACAAGGAAAUAGAGGCUCCAGGCGUUAAGCUCUCGGUCAAGGAUAUUUUGAGGUGGGACAAGGAUUCCUCUCUUCGAAGAAGAACAAACCUCUCCAAUGCUUACGCCACUAGUACUGCUGUUUGCUCACAGACCAAUCAAGAUAAAUCUCUUCACAUGGAAACCUCAAGCAGUGGAUACUCCCAACAGAUUCAUUUCAUAACCAAUCACAAACACUCUACCUUCUUCUGCCAAACCCCUUUCCGUUUUGUUCUUCAAACCACUUCUCCUUCCUCCGCCCACCACACGCCGGAGCUUCGCUCGCCCACCCGCCACGCAACACAGGACAAAGAAAGUAAUGAAGGUGAGAGGGUGAGCAAAUUGGAAUCAGGGGAAGAAGAGGAGGAAGAUAAAGAACAGUGCAGUCCAGUGUGCGUGUUAGACCCACCCUUCGAGGACGAUGACGAAGGGCAUGGAAACGGGGAGGAGGAAGAAGGUGGUUUUGAUUUGGAGUGCAGCUAUGCCAUUGUACAGAGAGCCAAGCAGCAGUUAUUGUACAAGCUUCGUAGAUUUGAGAAACUGGCAGAGUUGGAUCCAGUAGAACUUGAGAAAAGAAUGCAGGACCAUGAAGAGGACGAGGAUGAAAUAUUUCUGGAACAAGAAGAUGAUGAAGAUGGGGAUAACCAAGAAACAUUAUGUAAAGAAAAUGACUUUAGAGAUCUAAUUUCCCAAGCUCUGUGGCAGUCGAGCGUCCAUGACAGACAGCAAAUCCCAGAGGACUUUAAGAAGCUGGUUUCUGAUCUCAUUAUAGAAGAAGAGAGGGAACUUCAUUCCUUGGAAGAUAGGGACAUGGUGAUAAGACGUAUAAGCAAGAGGUUUGAAUUGUGGAAAGAAGUGGAGUCUAACACGAUUGAUAUGAUGAUAGAAGACGACUUCGCUAGAGAGGAUGGUGGGUGGAAGAAAAAUAUAGAGCAGAUAAGAAACAUGGCCGGGGAACUUGAACUUGCCAUCUUUGGCUUUCUGGUGGAGGAAUUUUCGGAGGAACUAGUAUGUUAAUUGGGGGUAAUUAAAUUUUGAAGCAGCUGAGGAACUUAGUAUGAAAUAUUAUCUUUAUUCUUUUCCUAGAAGAAUAUAUCUGACUUGCAACUAUGGGAUAGGCUAGUAAUUAAAAAAAGAAAAAGUAACCCAUAAAGAUAAUCUGGGUAUAUAUGUACAUGACUCGUGUUUGCAGUAGGUUGGGGAUGCUGUAAGUCACCUUUCUUAAUUUAAUAAUAUAAUUUUUACAUUUCUUGA